AUGUUUACCUUUAAACGGGCCCUGUUGACGGCAGUCAUCGUACUCGGCUUCUUCAUGAUCCUCAAAAGCUCGCAUUCACAGCCCAUGGCAGCCUCAUUCAAUGUAAAUUCGCCCAAGCCGACGGGCUCAUAUCAGGACAACCGCAAGAUCCAGAUCCAACCGCCUGUCGAGGCCACACAUUCGCGACUGGCAUCAUCACAAAGCUCAACGGCGCCGGCCGUCGCUGGGGAAUUGAAGGCGAAGAACAACUACAAGAAGGAGCGUCCGCAAAUAUCCCUGCAAGACUUGCAUGCCAUGCCGCUACGACAGCAGCUGGCCUACCAGUUCCCUUACGACCCGGAGAGCAAGUUCCCUGCAUACAUCUGGCAAACAUGGAAAACCACUCCUUCAUCCGGUGACUUUGAGGAGGAUUUCCGUCCUGGCGAGGCUGCUUGGACAGAGCUGCACCCAACCUUUGUGCACGAAGUCAUCACCGAUGCCACCGCUGCUCACCUCAUCCGUCAUCUGUACGCCGCCGUCCCCGAUAUCGUGGCCGCCUACGACGCCAUGCCCGUCCCCGUGCUCAAAGCCGAUUUCUUCCGCUACCUGAUUCUUCUGGCAAGAGGAGGAAUCUACUCUGACAUUGACACACGCGCUCUGAAAAGUGCCACUGAAUGGGUGCCUGCAGAAGUGCUUCGCUCCAGCUACGGCAUGGUCAUUGGCAUCGAAGCCGACCCGGACCGCCCGGACUGGCACGACUGGUACUCUCGCCGCAUCCAAUUCUGCCAAUGGACCAUCCAGUCCAAACCCGGUCACCCCAUUCUCCGCGACUUGGUGGCCACCAUUGCACAAGAAACUCUGCGUCGCAAGGAAGCUGGCAAGCUUACCAAGUCAAGCAUUGAGAGCAUUGUAGAGUUUACAGGCCCUGCCAUCUGGACUGAUGCCGUGUUUGCGUUUUUCAACGAUCCGGAUUACUUUGACAUGUCGACGAGUAAAGGCAACAUCACCUGGGAGCAUUUCACUGGCAUCACUCAGGCCAAGAAGGUCGGCGAUGUUGUCGUGUUGCCCAUUACGAGUUUCAGCCCUGGUGUAGGGCAGAUGGGCGCUGGUGACGAUGAUGACCCGAUGGCUUUCGUGAAGCACAACUUUGAAGGCUCAUGGAAACCCGAAAACGAACGCCACAUUGGCGAAUAG